AUGGUUGGCGUUCCAUCAAGUGUUGCCAAGUACAGGACUGCCUUUGAAUCCGCAGAAUCAAGAGACUUGCGUGGUCAUACAGGAAAAGUCAAUAGUGUGAAAUGGAAUUGCGAUGGAAGACGAGUAGCUUCUGGCUCUGCAGACAAAACUGCCCGUAUAUGGACUAUGGAACGCUCGACACUUCGGGAAUCUACCGAGUUGAGAGGCCAUCAAGGAAGCGUUAGCAAAGCAGUCUGGGAUCCAGAUCAUCCAGACAAAUUGGCAACUGCUUCUGUAGAUUGCAGUGUCCGUCUUUGGGAUGUACGAGCUCAUCGCUCACCAUCCCACACAAUUCAAACAAAGGGAGAAAAUAUCAAUAUGUGCUGGAGUCCUGAUAGCCGAUGCAUUGCUGUAGGAAACAGGGAUGAUUUAAUCACAUUUAUUGAUCCUCGUGGUGGAACAGAUGGCGAAGGCAAAAAGACAUAUAUUUGGCAUACGCUUUCCAAUGAGCAUGAGAUCAAUGAACUAGACUGGAAUUAUGCUGGGGAUCUAUUGUUUCUUACUACUGGAGAGGGUACUGUCAAAAUAAUCGAGUUUCCCUCAUUCAAGACUGUACAUUCAUUUAAAGCACACACUGCCAAUGCAUACUGUAUAGAAUUUGAUCCUCGUGGAAGAUAUUUUGCUACUGGUGGUGCCGAUGCAAUCGUAGCUCUUUGGGAUAUAGAAACACUAACAAGCUUGCAAACAUUUAGUCGUCUCGAUUGGCCGAUUCGAGCACUGUCAUUUAGUUUUGAUGGAGAUUUUAUUGUAUACGGAUCUGACGAUAAAUGCAUAGAUAUUUCACACGUCGAGUCAGGAGAGCAUAUAUUUACUCUAAAGACGAAUGCAGCAAUAAAUUCGCUAGCAUGGCAUCCGACUAAACACAUUCUUGCCUAUGCAACAGAUGGAAGCGAUCACAAUGGACGACCAGCAAGUCUCCAGGUCUUUGGAUUCAAUCGGCAGUCCUGACAAUGUGGCUAUUUGGAGCAAGACAUUCAUCUGAGAAUAAAAAAGAUCAACUUUUAAAAGCU